AGAGAGAGAGAAAGAGAGAGAGAGAGAGAAAGAUCAACGCAACUAGCAGUAAAAUCCCUAAAUCGCAAAUGAGAUGCGUGUACUGUUGAUAUUUCACCUAGCCCUCAUCCUCUUUGACCUUGCUCUGGCGAUCAACAGGCGGCCCCUUCGUCUUCUUCAAAAUCAUCACUAAAGUAACAUUCAUUUGCAAGUGCGUCAAGAAAUUUCUCCAGUUGUAAUGACAAUUAUUUCAUGCUUAGUCCCCAUUCUCAAACAUGCUGAGGGGCUUAAUAAGUCACUUAUUGAGAAUAGUGUAAUCACACUCGAGAGAUCAGAAUCUUCCAUCAGAGUCACCCACACCGAGAUUCAUGAAAUGGAUGCCAAAGAUGAUACCAGGAAGCGAUUGAAACCAGUUGUGGAAGACCACGGAGCCAUUUUGAUGGCUGAGGCUGAAAUUGAUCAGACUAACGGUGCAUCGCCAGAAAUGGAACUUCAUAUCACUCAAAUUCUUGAAAAAUGGGACAAUUUCACUAACAUGGUGUCUGAACUUCUUGAAUCUGGAAAGACAAUGUUUAAGGAGCUCAGUAAUGAAUUCGAGAGCAGAUGAUCACGUUAGUAGUGCCUUAUUAUAUAUAUUCACUUCUAUAUAAUUCAAUCUUUAACUUAAACUCUUGCUAUGCUCCAACCAAAAUAGUUGUUAUUAUUCUGAACACUUUAUCAUUAAUUACAAUAAAAAAAGCCACAUACAUAUAUAUACAUAUAUUUUUAUUAUGUAAGACAUGAAAGUA